AUGGACGAGGCAAUAGCGAUUAUUUUGAUAUCCGUUGUGAUGUUUUUGGGAUGUUUUCUAGUAGGUUUGAUUCCACUUUUGAUCAAACUUUCUGAGAAAAGGCUGCAGUUUGUCAGUAUAUUCGGGGCAGGCCUGCUCUGUGGUACUGCUCUAGCUAUCAUCCUCCCAGAGGGGGUGGAACUACUGGAAGAGUCAUGGAGAGUCUCCUCCUGCUCUGUGGCCCCAGUAGCAGCCAAUAAGAAUGCCAGUGACGGUGGGGUCGGAGGUCAGCUCCAGGAGAUGGGCCCCUCUAAAGGUCUCCCAGCACGGUUCUUCAUCGGGGUCUCCCUGGUUCUAGGGUUCAUCCUCAUGUUCCUCGUGGACCGGAUCAGUAGCUACUUCUCCAUACACGGUCCACGUACUGGAACGUCCAACAGGACCAGUAUCACAGCUACAGUAGGACUGGUCAUCCAUGCUGCUGCUGACGGUGUAGUUUUAGGUGUUGCCGUGGUUUCCUCCAAGGUCACAGUUCAACUGGUGGUCUUUCUAGCUGUCAUUCUGCACAAGGCUCCUGCAGCGUUUGGCCUGGUCACCUUUCUGUUGCACGCAGGUUUAGAGAAGAGGCAGAUUCAGAAGCAUCUAUUGGUCUUCUCUGCUGCAGCACCUGUUCUCUCCAUCAUUACAUACAUUAUCCUGAACGCGAGUGGGGGUUCAGCCCAGCACCGUCUGAGCGCUACAGGUGUCGGGAUGCUCUUCUCAGCCGGAACAUUUCUCUAUGUUGCUACGGUCCAUGUACUACCAGAGGUCAGCUCCAGGGGGCAGCAGCAGAGCUUUAGCUCUCCCCACCUCCAUGGGACUGGGACCGGGCAGCAGGGCGACCUGGGGGUCCUGGAGAGCCUCACGCUGAUACUGGGAGCAGGACUACCUGUGUUACUAGCCCUGGGACUACAUGAUGACUAG